AUGGAUAAUAAAGUGAAAUAUUUACUGAAUGGAAUUGUAUUUUCUUGCUCUGUGGCUAUCGUGGUUGCAAUUUUUGGAUGUGGAUUCAUACUUUCUGACAUAUCAGAAUUUCAGAAUGACAUUAAAGAUGACUUAAAGCAAUUCCAAUUCUAUUCAUCUGAUUCCUGGAAUGUGAUGCUCAGCGGGAAAUCUAUUGGCUUCCGUGUUCGUCGGCAAUAUCAAAGUGCUCCAGUUGGUGGCGGAGGACAGAUUGAAGAUGGAACAUGUCAAUGUGCUGAACAAUCAACUGGAUGUCCUCCAGGGCCACCUGGAGAACCUGGAACCAAAGGAUAUCCAGGAGAUUCCGGAACACCUGGAGAACCUGGGCAACCUGGUGCUCCCGGCGUUGCAGAAUUACACGAAUCAAUGAAAAAUGGUUGUAUUUCAUGUCCGGUGGGACCGCCUGGAACAGUUGGGCCUGAUGGACCUCCAGGUCCACCUGGUCCAAGUGGGAAUGCAGGAAAUUCUGGACCUGCAGGUCCUGCGGGACAACCUGGACCACCUGGAGGGCUGGGACCACCAGGACCAAAUGGGAAUCCAGGUUUACCGGGAGAUGCUGGAGCUCCAGGAGCACCUGGAUCUAGGCUUUCAAAUCCACCGGGACCACCAGGAAUAAUAGGACCAAUGGGACCACCUGGGCCACCUGGAAACGAUGCACAGUUCAGCAAUGGCCCUCCAGGACCGCCUGGGCCUAUCGGACCGCCUGGAAACUCUGGACCAAAUGGUACUCCAGGUCAAAAUGGAUCAGCAGGUGCUGAUGGUUCACCAGGAGAUGAUGCACAAUAUUGUCCAUGUCCGUCGAGAACUCCAAAUUUGGCAGUGAAUGGGUAUCAUAAUGAACAACAACAUCAUGAGCAACAACAUCAUGCCGUGGACACUGCAUUUGGUUUCUCGAAAAAGAAACUGUUUAGAAUGAAGAAGAUGUUGAAGAAUACUCAAAAGAAAUUCACUUCAGCAAUUGCAUAA